CUAUUCUAUUCUAUACAACACCAAGUAUUGUAUACCAUAAUUGUUCUAACGUGCUACAUGCAGCAAGCGCCAACUGUUGAUACACCGUUCUCACAUUCUCGACUGCCAUUUUGAAAGCUGCCUACCGUAUAAGAACUGUUUAAACGAACUUGAAAGAGCACAAGUGCUUAACUCUGAUCAGGUGCAUUGGUGAAGUCCGACCCUUAACAGGACUUGCCCGCUUGGAGCAGCUUUAGGGAAAAUGGACGGCAUCCAGCGCAUGAUUGCUGGAAUGCGAGGUGCAGCUGCUGCUGGGCCUCCAACGGACACGCCUCAGGUGGACACCGCUGAGCAGAUCUACAUUUCGUCUCUCGCGCUGCUCAAAAUGCUCAAGCACGGUCGUGCCGGUGUGCCCAUGGAAGUCAUGGGCCUCAUGCUGGGAGAGUUUGUCGAUGACUACACAGUACGUGUGGUGGACGUCUUCGCCAUGCCACAGUCUGGCACGGGGGUCAGCGUGGAGGCCGUUGACCCGGUCUUCCAGACAAAGAUGCUUGACAUGCUGAAGCAAGUGGGCCGUCCGGAGAUGGUUGUGGGCUGGUACCACAGCCACCCCGGCUUCGGCUGCUGGCUGUCGGGAGUGGACAUCAACACGCAGCAGUCCUUCGAGGCGCUCAACAACCGCGCCGUGGCGGUGGUGGUGGACCCUGUGCAGAGCGUGAAGGGCAAGGUGGUGAUCGACGCAUUCCGGCUCAUCAGCCCGCAGACCAUGAUGCUGGGUCAGGAGCCGCGGCAGACCACCAGCAACAUUGGGCACCUGAACAAGCCCUCCAUACAGGCGCUCAUCCACGGUCUCAACCGCCACUACUACUCCAUCGCUAUCAACUACCGCAAGAACCAGCUGGAGGAGCGCAUGCUGCUUAACCUGUCCAAGCGCGGCUGGACCGCGGGGCUGCAGCUGGGAGACUUCGCGGCGCACGCGGAGGGCAACGACAAGGUGGUCAAGGAGCUCAAGGGCCUGGCGGACAGGUACGACAAGGCCGUCGUUGAGGAGCAGGAGCUGUCCCCUGAGGCGCGUGUGGUGGCGGGGGCGGGCAAGAUGGACGCCAAGAAGCAUCUGGCGGCGCAGGUUGGCUCCCUGAUGGCCUCCAACAUCGCGCAGUGCAUGGGCACCAUGCUGGACACCGUGGUGUUCUGA